UUUUUUUCUCCUUUCCCCAAUUCUCUUCUUCUCAUCCAUAGCUUCCGACGAGAGAAGAAGCAAAAUUCGAUUGCUCUGGGUUUUUGAUCUUUUAGGGUUUCUGUGAAAUUUGGAUGGAAACCUCAACCCUAUCUGAAGAUAAUCAUAAAGGAAGAAGCUUUCGUUGUUUCCAUUGUAUCAGCUCCUUCAAAAACUCUUGUCUCUAUUGCUUUCACAGCUAAAGAAUUCUUCUCGUUUUCGAUUUUGUGGAAUUGGGUUCUUCUAGGUUUAGGUUAUGGAUCGUAUUGCUCAAUCAGAUCUCUCUUUAGGAUUCGGUAGCUCCCACGCUUUACCUCAUCCUCCGAGAAUCCCAAUUGCUGAUGAUUCAAUCACGCUUCAGAUUGAUUCUAGCUUCCGUCCUUCGUCUAAUCCUAUGCCUCCUGUUCCGCUUCAGUUGCUUGAGCAGAGAUUCGAUGUUACCGGAUCGUGUAGCCGAGUUGUUGAGGAAGACGAUGAUGUUGUUGGUGAUUAUGAUGAAGAUGAUGAUGAUGAUCAAAGGCAAUUUAUUCUCUUGGGUCAUUCUCUGAAGUUGAAACGAUGUAGAGGUGGGAAUUCAUAUCCAAUGUCAUCAUCAAGUAAGAGAUUUGUAGUUGAUUCAGGGAUUGAAGGUAGACGAGCCGCUGUUAGAGCUUGGGGUAAUCAGUCGAUUGAGGAAGCUGAUCCUGAGAUUCAUGAGUUUAUGGAAAAGGAAAAGCAGAGACAGUUUAGAGGUAUUGAGCUUAUAGCUUCUGAGAAUUUCGUGUGUAGAGCGGUGAUGGAAGCUUUAGGUAGUCCUUUGACUAAUAAGUACUCUGAAGGAAUGCCCGGAGCUAGAUACUACAUGGGGAAUCAGUAUAUUGAUCAGAUUGAGAUUCUUUGCCAAGAGCGUGCGCUUGCAGCUUUUGGACUUCAUCAUGAGAAAUGGGGAGUUAAUGUGCAGCCUUAUUCGUGCACUUCCGCCAAUUUCGCUGUUUUCGCUGGUCUUUUGAUGCCCGGUGAACGAAUUAUGGGAUUGGAUUCUCCCUCAGGUGGUCAUAUGAGUCAUGGGUAUUACACACCAGGUGGGAAGAAAGUCUCUGGUGCGUCUAUAUUCUUUGAGAGUUUUCCGUAUAAGGUUGAUCCUCGUACAGGGUAUAUUGAUUAUGAUAAGCUUGAGGAAAAGGCUCUUGACUAUCGUCCCAAGAUACUUAUUUGUGGUGGGAGUUCAUAUCCGAGAGACUGGGAAUUCCCUAGGUUUAGGCAUAUUGCAGACAAAUGUGGAGCUGUUUUGAUGUUUGACAUGGCACAGAUUAGCGGUCUUGUGGCUGCCAAGGAAAGUCCAAAUCCAUUCGAUUAUUGCGAUAUUGUUACCUCGACAACACACAAGUCUCUCCGUGGACCUAGGGGCGGCAUCAUAUUUUACAGGAGAGGCUUGAAGCCCAAGAAGCAAAGCAUGAAUCUUAAUCACUGUGAGAGCAAUAUCCAGUAUGAUUUUGAAGAAAAAAUCAACUUUUCUGUCUUUCCAUCGUUGCAAGGCGGGCCUCACAAUAACCAUAUAGCUGCUCUAGCCAUUGCCCUCAAGCAGGCCGCUUCACCAGAGUACAAGCUUUACAUGCGACAGGUAAAAAAAAAUGCCAAGGCUUUAGCAUCUGCUUUGAUAAGCAGAAAGUGCAAGUUGAUAACAGGUGGCACCGAUAAUCAUUUGCUUCUCUGGGAUCUGACACCUUUGAGCUUGACAGGCAAGGUGUAUGAGAAAGUAUGCGAGAUGUGCCAUAUCACGGUCAACAAAGUCGCUAUUUUCAGCGAAAACGGUGUUAUUUCCCCUGGAGGAGUGAGAAUAGGCAGUCCGGCUAUGACCUCAAGAGGUUGUUUAGAACCAGAAUUUGAGACAAUGGCUGAGUUUCUAUAUAGAGCUGCUCAGAUAGCUAGUGCUGCACAAAGGGAACACGGGAAGUUGCAAAAGGAACCGCUCAAAAGCAUCUAUCACUGUAAAGAGAUUGCAGAUCUUCGGAACCAAGUCGAAGCUUUUGCUACUCAGUUUGCAAUGCCUGCCUUUGACAUGUGAGUCAGCCUGAAGAACGAGACCAGCUCAAUCUCUCUCUCUCUCAUUUUUUGUUGCCAUGGUAAUCUAAAUUCAUACACCCAUUUCUCUAUUUUACAAUGUCAACAUUCCCUAAAUUGGCUAAACUUAGAUCAAUAUUUGGGGGGAAAAACAAACUUUUGUGAGUUGCUAUGGUCGUUUAUUCUUCAAUGCUUGUGUACAUAGACAUUGGGGCUGUGUUGGGUAUUAGUGUAUCCCUUUGUGUUCUUUUAAAAUGGUAAUAAUAAUGCAGUUGAAAUUUUUUGAUAGAAAAGGGAAUAAUAUUCUUUCAAGAUGUUUAUAUGUUGGGGAACACAAAUAAUUUCUGUAACCAGAGGAAAACUUGCUUCUGACCUCAAUCAUUACUAUUUUCCUUCAAGAAAAAUCAUUAUAUUCUGAAGAAGAGAAAAACAAAAAAACUGAGACAAAAGGAAUAUACAUAAUUAGUUUAUUUUGUUAUGAUUUUUGUAUUUAAAUCAUUGUGUGUAAGUGGUAAUGUUUAUUUGGUAUAUCAGCUAUAAGAAAGUUGGUGUCCUACUGAGGAGGCAAAGCAUGGAAUUCCGCCCUAUAGGUUUUUUGAUGAAAUAAAUAUAGCUGGCCAAGGAGACAAAUCAAAGAGAUAGGAAAAGGCUUUCUUAAUUGUUACUAAUAAUCUUGAUGAUGUUCUUAAAGCUUAGAUGAAACUUUAAAAUUCAUUCAUGUGAAUUCUCUUGUGUUGUAUGCACUUAGUGAAGUUUGAAUUUUGGAAUGAUGAUUGUUAUUAUGACAAGAGUGUAGUAGAUAGUUGAACAUUUUUUUCCCGCUAUAGAUGAAUUUUUUUGGACGUUUAAAA